UUUGACAACUUGCAUCCCUAAAACAAGCCAAUUUUGUUCUGAAUAUCAUAUAAAAGAUCAGGGAAUGUCUUAUGCACUUGUCAGUCGUUAUUGAACCUUAGGUGUAAUAAGAUCAAAAUGAGAGUGCUGAUUAUUGGUAUCUUCGCUUUGUAUGCGGCAGAAUCCGCUCUCAUAGAAAAUAUUGACGAUGGCUCCUAUAGGGAAGACAAUUCAGGGCAGUACAUUCCUGAUGAUUCUGGAAAAUAUAUUCCAGACUACAGCGGCCGUUAUCAGGAUGACGGCACAGGGAGAUAUUCGGGAGAUAAAUUUGCAAAAUAUGACAACGAUGGUUCCUUCAAUGGUAGGUUUCCAUCAGGCAAUGACUUGCUUAACGGACAAGAAGUGAGGAUACAGAGGGCCAAUCAAAUCCAGCCAAAACGACCAAUCUACAAACCGAUAAGAUUAACAUUUAUUGCUAAGCCAUCGAAUAAUCCAGUGGUGAACUAUAACGAUAGAUUUGGAAAUUCUCCAGAUGGACGUUGGAGAAUCAUCAAGAAAAAUGGUGAAGUGAGCGAGGAUGGAUAUAGUUGGGAGUAUGAAACUGAGAAUGGAAUAUCUGCAGCUGAAUCUGGCAAAUUAGCUAACAAAGGAACUCAAAACGAAGCAAUGCAAGCAAAAGGAUUUUUCACAUAUACAGGACCAGAUAAUGUGGUUUACACUGUAACAUACAGAGCUGAUGAAAAUGGGUUCCAGCCAGAAGGAGCACAUUUACCAACACCUCCACCUAUCCCUGAGGCUAUUUUGAAGUCACUAGAAUCUCAGGGCAUAUCUAGAAGGCUGAAGUCAUAAAAAACUUCAUUGAAUAUUAAUAUAAGCCUUACAAUAUUAUUAUGCUUGGUAUAUUUUAUAUAAAAUAAAUUUAUCAUUACUUA